AUGGUCAAAGCGUAUCUUAGGCGAAACAGUAUCAAAAAGAGUCAAUAUGAGCAGCAAAUGCCAAGAGCAGAGAUAUCGACAGCGGGGAAUGCUCCUGCUAGCUGCAACUCGUACAACCACUUGGUCGUGAGCUCAGCGCUCGCUUCAUUGCUGCUAGCCUCCGCUCUGCCCCUUGAAGUGACAAAUCCAAGACGCACGACAACAAUCUACUCGGACAUGUACGCCACAUACGUCACCGAAAGGAACACUAAGGGCGACGUGCGCACCAGAACGCUCGACAACCAUCCUUCUCUUUAG